AAUCUUUAUGAGAAAUCACAGAGCGGUCGUUUUUGAAUUUCGGAAAACGGAGCUCCAGGUCGCCGAGGCUGCCCUGUACGCAGGCAGAGAGAAUAUCGCCGUGCACGCGGGAAUUUGGGGAAUGUCCAGUAAUUUCUAAAAUUCCUCAGGGAAUACAUAUCUGUGACGAAUGCGAGCGAGACAGCGCAUUCGGAGAGACACAUUGCCGGAUGAUACCGCGUCUCUCGACAUGAGUGAUUCGUCGAUUCGCCGCGGACGAAUCGCGCGGGAUCAAUCGUGCGUCGUUCAUCGUCGUGUGUCAUCCGGGCGACAUGCGCGAGCGGAUUUCUUCGGGAUUCCUCCUGGUGAUCCUGAUAUUCUUCUCGGUCGCUGGCAACGUCCUGGUCUGCUUGGCGAUCUACACCGACCGCGGGCUACGGAGGAUCGGCAACCUCUUCCUGGCCUCGCUCGCCGUCGCCGAUCUCUUCGUCGGUGGGCUGGUAAUGACCUUCGCCGGGGUCAACGACCUCCUCGGCUAUUGGGUCUUCGGCUUGUGGUUCUGCGACAUCUGGAUCGCCUUCGAUGUUAUGUGCAGCACUGCCUCUAUCCUCAAUCUAUGCGCCAUCUCCCUCGACCGUUACAUUCACAUUAAGGAUCCCCUCAGGUACGGCCGUUGGGUGACUAGAAGAGUCGCUAUCGGCGGUAUCGCCGUCGUGUGGCUUUUAGCAGGACUCAUAUCCUUCGUACCGAUCAGCCUAGAUCUUCACAGGGCAGAUCAACCGGCGCUCUAUAAUGACGGAAUAGAGGAGCACCCUACGUGUGCCCUAGACAUUACACCCACUUACGCGGUGGUGUCCUCUUGCAUAUCUUUCUACGUGCCCUGCAUCGUGAUGUUGGGGAUUUAUUGCAGGCUCUAUUGCUACGCGCAGAAACACGUAAGGAGUAUCCGAGCGGUGACGAAGCUGCCGGACACCUCCAUGGCCAAGAGUUUUCGCUCCAAGAGCAGUCGCUGUAAGCCACCGAAGCCGCAAACGAAGACGAAGCCGACUAGUCCUUACCACGUGUCCGACCACAAGGCCGCGAUCACUGUCGGCGUAAUCAUGGGUGUGUUCCUGAUAUGUUGGGUACCCUUCUUCUGCGUCAACAUUGUCGCAGCCUACUGCAAAACCUGCAUACCUCUCCGAGCGUUCCAGGUUCUCACGUGGCUCGGCUACAGUAACUCGGCCUUCAACCCGAUAAUCUACAGCAUCUUCAACACUGAGUUCCGGGAGGCGUUCAAGAGGAUCCUCACGAAAGGAGCGCGCGCGAGGGGUAAUCAGCCGUCGACCAGCGAAUGCGGCGAGUUCCGCUCGGUGGUGGUGCAGAAACGCAACGGCUCCAUGGUCGAGUGCAACAUCAGUCCAAGGUCGAGCGCGGACAGCUGCCAGGUCGGCGUCAUGGCUCAAAGGCAUCGCGACACUAUCGUCAGCGCCAUAUAAAGAAGAAGAAAAAAAGAAAGACAAGUUCAACGAGCGUCCUCCCUCUCGAUUUUGAAUAAACGAUUUCUUUCCAGAUCUCACUCGCCGCUCUUGCCUCCGCCGUUGGCUCGGUCGUCGCGGUUGCGCCCGCGUUUCACUCGCCUACCUGCCCGCAAAAGUUCCUCUCUCGAGCUCAUCUCGAUCGCGCGGAACCCGCGACACACGACGCGAGGUCUAAAA